AAUUUUCAACAUGGCGGACAAAUUGACUUAUUAUGAAAUUCUUGGAGUUAGCAAAGAAAGCAGCUUAAAAGAGAUUGCUAAAGCUUAUAGGAAAAAGGCACUGAAAUGUCAUCCUGAUAAGAAUCCUGAUAACCCACAAGCCCUUGAAUUAUUUCAUGAGCUCUCAAAGGCAUUGGAGGUACUCAGUGAUCCAAAGGCAAAAGCUGCUUAUGAUGCUGUACUGAAGGCUAAAGAACAAGCAAGGUUACGAACACAGGCUUUGGAUGCAAAGAGAAAAAAAUUUAAACAAGAUCUUGAAGCAAGGGAGGAUGCAGCCAAAACAGAAAAGGAAAGUGAUGAAAUAGCUGCAAAGAAUUUGGAAGCUGAAAUUAAUAGGUUGAGAGAGGAAGGAUCAAAGCUUUUAAAGGAACAACAAGAACUUCUCAGAGACCAGUUAAAGAAAGAAGUUGAAUGUGAUAAAGAUAGUAAAAUCUACCAAGAUGUCACUCCGAAAUUAAAGGUGAGGUGGAAAAGCAAGAAAUCUGAUUUAACAAAUGGUGGAUACACACAAGAAAUGAUCAGGUCACUCUUUGAAAAGUAUGGUGAAGUGAGUUAUGUGAUUGUAUCUUCCAAUAAAAAGGGAAGUGCUGUGGCAGAGUUCACAUCAAUGGCUAGUGCAAAACUUGCAGUAGAGAAUGAGCAUGGUAUCCCAGACAACCCUCUACAAAUCUCCUGGUUGGAUGGAGAGCCAUCUUCAAAUGAUGCAAGUUCAGAAACUGACCCAGGGGUUUCAAAAUCAACAAGAGAUGUUGGUGAAGCUACAGAUAAAUACAUGGUGAGAGUUGACUUGUCUUUAUGGAAACUAUCUUUCAGGUUUCUGAGGAAUUUUAUCAGUCAGAUGGCAACAUAUCAGAAAGAGAUUAUGAAAGUGUAGUGUUGAUGAAACUUCGCCAGUUUGAGGAAAGGAAACGAUUGAUCAGAGAAAUGGAAGAGGAGGAAAAGCGCUGACAACCAAGUGAAGGAUCAGUUGGUAAUUCAAGACAGGGCUUCCCCUUGCAGGAAGUUCUUGAAAGCCGGUUCCAGCUUCUUGAUAAAUAGCUGUAUAAGCUAAAAGCCAUGAGGCCAUGAUUUCAUUUUCAGCCUUAUGCUAUAUGUGGCACAGUAAUCAGCCUCAUGGUUAGCUUAACUUGAACAAAUGAAGAAACAUUGAACAGAAAUUUAGAACACCCUAAAUCUUCUUCUCUUCAUGUCUGAGUCACAUUAAACUUAAAAAUCCUUUGCACUGAAAGUAGCUGGAAUUAAACUCUUGAAAAAUGGUGCUAUGUGAAAAUGUAUAAGAGUAGUCAAAAGGAAGAAGAUAUUUUAAAAUAUUAAAUAAUUCUGAAGACUGCAUAUGAAUUUUUAUUUUAUUAACAAUUGAUUAGGUGCCACUAUAUUUUCCUUUUUUUCCUUGGCUGCAUGGCUGUAAUGGGAACAAGUUAUACAUUUCCUCUUAAAGUUGUGCAACAGAUGACCAACACUGAGUAACAUUCCACCUUAAAAAGUUCUUUGAGUAGGUUUACAGUAUUAAAUAUACUAAUAAAUAAUAGGAGAAACAUUUCUUUUUUUAAGUUCUUGUCAUCAAAAGAACCUCUAACAAUAUUUCCUGUGUUUCAUGGUUUCAUGGGACUGACAUUUUACAGUGAAAAAUAAUUAAGAUCAGCUAUUAAUCAUUCAUUAACUGCUUGUACAGAACUUCAGUCAUUGUGUAAUAUGUAUAGUCUCGCACUCCAUUAAACAGUUAUG